AUGACUGGGCCUGCAUCGCCAAGCACAGAAGGUCCAACCUUUGCACCUCCUCAGUUGCCUCCCGGCUGGAUCGCGCAGUGGGACUCAGCCAGCAAGAAAUACUACUACGUCCAGCUCGCCACCGGCGUCUCUCAGUGGGAAAUUCCUACCGAAGCCGCCAAAACCGGCAGCACGCCCGCGCAGCACGAAGAUCACCCCUACGGCGUGCCCCCUCCUGAAAUAAUCACGCAUCCCGACGGCUCGCAGACUGUCAAGCACGCGGACGGGCGCAUGGAACCGAUCAUGGCCGAUGGAAGCAGAGGUAUGGGCGACGGUCCUUCGGGAGACCGUGGCUUUGGCUCCAUGGCGAUGAACGCUCUUCUCGGCGGCAAGCAAGGUGGUAGUAGUGGUGGUGGCAGCUCGUCUCUCGGUAACCUCGCAAACCAGUUUCUCGGCGGCGGUGGUGGUGGUGGCGGCAAGACCUCGUCUGGCAUCGGCGGUAAGCUCGUCGGCCAGCUUGCUUCGAAUCUAUUUUCACCUUCAGACAAGCCCGAGGCGCCAUCCAACUACCACGGCGGCCAAACUCAGAACGCGUCAGGCCACCACCAAGGCGGCCUCGCUGGUGCCGUUAUGGGUGGCGUGGCCAGCAUGUUUGGCGGUCAGCAGGGCUCAGGUAACCAGAACUUUGGCUACUCCAAUACUGGCACUGGCGGCACCUAUUCUUCCAGUAGCCCCGCGCCGACCUACAACCCGCCCGGUUCGAACCAUAACGUCCCCAGCUCCAACCAUGGCAGCCAGACGACACACGGAAGCGCUUCACAAAGCCAGUCUUUCUCGGAGAAGCCAUCGCACCAGUCAAGCCAGUACAGCGACAACAGCUACUCUCAGCACCCUCCCAGCUAUAACAGCCAGUCGCAGCACAGCAGCCAGCACAGCUACGGCGGCGACCACUCCAGCUAUUCCAGCCAGCCCAGCUACAACCAGUCUUCCCACGGCGGUCAAGGGCACAGCUACAGCGGCUCACACGGUAGCCAGCAGCACGGGAGUCAGCAACAUGGCGGCGGGUACAACUCUGGCAAUCAGUACGGCGGCGGUCAAUCCCAUUACCGUGGUGGUGGCUACCAAGGCCAGGGCCAAAGCUAUGGUGGUGGUCGUUACUAG